GAUAUGAAUGCAGUCUUCGCAAACGGUCACACCUCGCGGCACUUUCUAAUCAGUUUUUUUUUCCAAUCUGAUUAAACAAUUUUGCACAACAGAUUAUAGAAUUUGGGCAUUAUCUUCAAACCCAUGGAACUUAGCUGGGAGAUAGUGCUCUGCGUGGGCAUAGCGGUGCUGGUUCACGUUCUGGUCUACCUGUUCGUCAUGGCCAAGCGGCCAAGGAGCAUUGUUGGGCGUCAUGUGGUGGUCACCGGCGGCUCCAAGGGAAUCGGUCUCUGUCUGGCAGUGGAAUGCGCCAUGAAGGGCGCCAAUGUGACGGUGAUAGCACGGGAUGAAAAAAUGCUAAGCGGAGCAGUUGCCCUGAUGGAAGUGAUUCGUCAGCGACCGGAUCAAAAGUUCCAGUACAGGAGCCUGGACAUUGGUGGCGACUAUGACCAGGUGGCCAAGGUGCUGGGCGAGAUCGAAGAGAGUUUCGGACCCAUUUACACACUGAUCAAUUGCGCCGGCAUGGCCAUUUGCGGUGUGUUCGAGGAGGUCUCCGUCCAGGAUGUGCACAAGCUGAUGAACGUGAAUUUCUUCGGCACCUACAACUGCACCCGCUACGUCCUGCCCAAGAUGAAGAAGUCUGGCGAGGGCAUUAUUGUGAUCACAGCCUCGCAGGCAGCAAUGUUUGGCAUCUACGGCUAUGGUCCGUAUUCGGCCACAAAGUAUGCCCUAAGAGCCAUGGCUGAAACGAUAGCCAUGGAAUCCCGGGAGCACGGAGUCAGUGUGACAUUGGCCAUGCCUUGCGAUACGAAUACGCCCGGAUUUGAGGAGGAGGAGAAAUCCAAGCCAAGGGAGACCAAAAUAAUCUCGGGGGGAGGAGGUCUCAUCGAGCCAGAGGUUAUGGCCAAAGCUAUACUCAAUGAUGCCUUGAAGGGAAAUUUCACAUCUACGGUUGGAGCAGAAAGCUGGUUGAUCACCACUUUGGGUGGGGCCCUACUCCCUUGGGAUGGCUUCUUUACCAAUCUCCUGCAUGCCAUCGUUUUGGGACCACUGCGACUUGUUAGCUACGGCCUGCACAAAUACUUCAAUAGUGUCAUACGGAAAUGCGCUAAAGAAGAUAAGGCCAAGGCUGGAUCUGAAUAGAAAUCAAGUGAAACCUUUACUGUCUCAUUGCUUUUUUAGUAUUCCAAGUGCCCAGUACAUUAAAUAGCGUUUCCACUGUAAAGUACAAAGUGCAUUUAUAUUGCAUGUCACAAGUCUAUUGAAAAUAUUCAAAAGUUCCACAUUAUUCAGCCAUUUUUAUAUAUGUAUUUUGACGCCUUACUGAACUUGUUUUUUUAUCGUGUUUUGUAGUCAACACUAUGUGCGCCUAAACUCUUGGUGUGUGCUUCAUUUGAAUAAAAACUGAUU